UUCCCUCGAUCUUGUACACAUAUUUACCGAGUACUUCGUGUACCCAGCGGUGUGGUCAGCACUGUGCUCAGACGUGGACCCUCACAGGCCUUCCUCGUCUGGUGGCAGAGGGAGAUGAUAAAUGUAUGAGGAGAGCCAGGUGGUGACAUGAGCGCAUAUGGUGGGGAACCUAACCCCCCGGAGGCUCAAGGUCGUCUACCAGGGAAGGGAUGCUUGCCUGGAUAAAGGCUCAAAAUCCAAUACAGGAGUGACUUAGUAGAAUUUCAUUUUACCACAAUGAAGAAAAGUGGUAUUCCUCUCCUCCUGGGCUUCAUCUUCCUGGUUGUGAUUGGAAUUCAAGGAGCCCCAAUAAUGAGGAAUGUACGCUGUUCUUGCAUCAGCACUAGCCAAAGGACCAUCCACCUAAAAUCCUUGAAAUACCUUAAACAAUUUGCCCCAAGCCCUGCCUGCGAGAAAACUGAAAUCAUUGCUAUAAUGAGGAAUGGAGAUCAAACAUGCCUAAACCCAGAUUCAGCAGAUGUGAAGGAACUGAUGAAUCAGUGGGAGAAACAGAUCAGCCAAAAGAAAAAGCAAAAGAAAGGGAGAAAGCAUCAAAAAAGCAAGAAAGUUCUAAAAGUUAAAAAACCUCAACAUCAUCGUCAAAAGAAGACUACAUAAGGGACCACUUCAUCAACAAGUAUUUUGUGUUAAAAUGUUUUUUAAUUGUACUGAAAUAAUUCCAAAAGGGGAGGCAUCUAAUACAAGUACAUAGAUUUGUUAAUUUGACUGGAAAAUAGAAAGUAUUAUUAUGGAAUUGUAACUAAAGCUAGAAGGUUGAUUUUAAAAUCUAAAUGUUAAGAAUUGUUAAAGGCUAUAGGUGUCUUUGUUCUACCCCCAACCAACUGAAUAUUGUUAUGCUGACGGCCACAGUCUUGGGAAUAUCCACAUCUGGACGAAUGCUCACACAGCCACAUCCUACACACACAGCUGACUGGGACAACAACCCUAGGCUUCCUGAGCCACAAACUGCAGCCUCCAGAGAGUAUUCUGAGGCACAUGCCAGCAAGCCCUGGGCCUGUCAGUGUGCUGGAGAGCCAAGCAGUCUGGGAUUGAGCUGGACCUCACCAAGCUGCCAUGGCCAUCAGCCUCUGUAUUUGAAUCAGCCCACAGGCCUCAUACACAAUGUGCCUGAGAGAUCCGUGCUGGUUGUUUCUGGGGGUCCACCACUGGAGAUCACUAGCGCUUGGCUUCUACCUGCCUUUUGAGGCCAUGUGACUCCAUCCUGCCUGCCCAGGUUGACCACUUUAUUUCUUAUUGUUUCCUUCUGCUUCGGUCAAGCCAGUUCUUCACCAUCCUGCUACAAUUCAAUGCCUGCCUCCUCUCCACUGCAUGUGUCAUGCUCUCUCAUUCAUGAGACCCAUUCACCUGGGUCUACUCCUAUCUCACUUUUUCCCCAACACCCCACAGGAAUGCCUUUUUCUCCCCACUCAUCCUCACUCAAUCUAGUCUUCAAGGCUAAGUUUAAGUGCUGCCUCUUAAAUAACAUCUUUCUGGACACUCAAAUUAUCUUAAAACUCCUAUUUUUACUUGUGAUUAGUACCAUAUGAGUGAGCACUUAAUUAUUUAAUUAAUUUUUUGUGUGUUUAUUCUCUCUCUCAACCAGAUUGUUAGUUCCUUGAGGGCAGGAGCCAUAGUUAUUUCCCUGAAUCUGCUACUAUGCCUAAUAUACUGUGGAACUAAAUUUUGAAUAAUUUCUUAAUUGCAGUCAUUACAGGUAAAAGGACAAUCAGACCAUCUUCUCAGAGCAGGCACUGGCUAUUUCCUGGCUACUCCAUAUUAUCUAACCCUGGUAACCUCUUUUACUCAUUAUCUCCAGGCCAUUGUCAGACCAGGGGUGAUGUAAUGUCCUUGUCUUAUUAGGACAAGAUGUUAACUUGGCUUUUCCAACAAAUAAGGAGCACAUGUUUAAACCGCUUGUGGAUAUUCUGGACUAUUUUCACGAAAUAUACAGGACAACUAGAGUCAUAGAAUCUUACAAUGAAAAGGGCUUUAGAGAUCAACUAGUGACUAACUUUUCCCCACCAAAUACAAAAACUCCUUCAAUACCAUUCCUGACAAGCCUUAGCUUUCCAUGAUCUAACAAGAUAGCCACCAAAAUCCUUUUGAAAACUCAUUUUACGCAAAUAUGAAUUUCAUUGCCAGUUUACCUUAUCUCAGGAUUUGUGAAGUAUUGUGAUUAUCAAUACCACACUAGCCGUCAUGAAAAAGACACCCAGAGCUAGAGGGAGCAACAAAUUCUGUCAGUGGAGGCAUGGUUGGUGCCCAGUUUGCCUCUGCAGGGUUGGAAACCUCUUUAAAGAGGAAGUUCAGUGAAUUGUGUAGGAGGGAAUGUCUUUGGCUAGAAUUUAAACCUAUACUCACUUUCCCAAAUGUUGUCACUCCUCACACUGUAGAUGACUUUGAGUGCUGCCCAGUGGUGAUACCACUCAAAAGUCUUAUUUAAUGGUGAAACUCCUUAGUUCAUUCCAUGUAACACUUCUGAAAAAUCUAAAUGUCACCUAAUUUGAGAGUCGUUGACCCAGUUACUUUGCAUCUCACAGGUAAAGUGGACAGUUUAUAACUAAUAACAGAAGACCACAUAUUUUUCACUAAGUAUCUGUGAUACACACACACACACGCACACACACGUAAUUGUUUAUCAUUUAUAGAUAUAUGUAUACUAAGUUUUUAAGUUCAAAGCAGUACUGGCAUAUAUACUUUGUACUUUGAAAUGUUUUCUUUGUUAAAAGUCAGUGGUAUCAAUAAAUAGACCAUUGAAGAGAAAA